AUGAAUCGCCUUACCGAUGUCAUCAGCGCCGACCAUCGCGAGUUACAGGCCUACUAUGAUCGCCUAGUCAACAGCGAUGACCCCGACGAACAGACCCGCUUUCGGAACCAGUUGACUUGGGGUCUCGCCCGACACGUCGUGGGCGAGGAGCUAGUUCUCUUCCCCGCGCUCGACGAAUAUCUCGGCCCCGGAGAGGCCACGCAGGACCGGCGCCAGAAUCAGAUCAUCAAAGAAAAACUUCAAGUCUUCCAAGAUCUCAAACCUUCCGACCCGCGCUUCGUCCCUACUCUAACAAUCCUCAUGGAUGAUUUGGCCUCCCACGCGCAAGUCGAAGAGACCAAAGAUCUUGUCAAGUUGGAAGGCGCCGUCACCGCCGAGGAGAGCAAGCGUCUCGCCAGGUCGUUUGGCCGUACCAAGUGGUUUGCGCCGACUCGGGCUCAUCCCGAUCUCCCGGAUCCUCCUUACCAGACGGUGGCGGGAUUGAUGGCCGCGCCCAUGGACUAUCUACAGGAUCUAUUUCGCAAAUGGCCCGAUCCUGAGGAUCUUCCGCACUUGGAUUAG